UUUACCCGAUCCCUUUGCAUUUCCGUCUCCAGUUUUCAGCGCGAAGGCUUGCUCUACAUAUAACCAGGGUAAUUCAUGGCGCUCCCUCUCUCUCUCACACUAAUUUCUUAGGGUUUUCUCGGUUUCUCUCUCAAGGGAAGCUUUUAUUAUCCAAAAAACGCAGCACAUUCCUCUCUAAGCCAGACUUUAAUGGCCACCCAUCUAUUGAAACAAGGCGGCUGGGGCCUCUUCUUCCAAAGGCUCAUACAGUGAAGGGUUUUCUCCAAUUCCAUUAUAGACCAAGCUUCUGCUUUAGAAAUAUAUUUUAUUUUUUUUAGGUGUGCAACAUUCAGUAAAUUGUUUAGAGAACCAGAGAUCAAUGGUGACUGAUAUCUUGUAACAACGCAAAGAGCUCUCAUUUCUCUUGUCUCUUAUUCCUGAAAAGCUCAUAUAGGGACGGGUCUUCUCUAUUCCCUUUUAAAAAGCGAGAUUUUAUGCUCACAGCAAAUUAUUCUCAGAGUCAGAGAUUAAUGGCGACUAGUUUGUUGAAUCAAGGCAAAGAGCUCCCCAAUCUCUCGCCUCUCUUCUUUAAAAAAUUCACAAAGUUUUUGAAUUUGAUCAGAGAAAUGCUAUCACAAACUCCAUACAUGCAGCCCGAAAGCUCGAAUAUGUCUGUAAAAUCCAUAUUGGAAUCUCUUUUACCAAAAGACGGUAUGCUAAACCCUAACUGUAACAUGGAGGAGGCAUGGCUUUUGACUCUGGAUUUUUGCUUGUGUUGUGCCGCUCUGGCCUCUGCAAGUGACGACAGGGGUACCACAAUGUCAUGGGUUCCAAUGAAGCUUUCAGAAGAGGCAGCCAUGGCUAUAAAGGAACUUUCAGGGUCAAUUUUAGGAGAACCGUGGGAAAAUGGAUCAAUGGAAAUGGAUUUUGGAGCUAUUGAUAAAGGGGAGAGGUUGAUGGUGGCUUUGAUGCCAAGAAUUAUGCCAAUUUUAAAGGGUUCAAUAAAGGAGACGUCCAUUGAUACCAACGAAGAUAUGGUUGAGGCUGCUUGUGCUAGGGCUCCAAAGGAAUAUGCCAUUGUAGCUGCCCAUCAGCUAAGAUGGUGGGUAAAACAGGUCAACCAACCCCAUCUUGGAAAGCUAUGUGCUUGGGUGAUUCCGUGUGCAUUGACUGCCUUAGAUCAUUGGUCACCAGAAGUUAAGGGACAGGCUAUGAUCAGUUUUAUGCAUCUGUCAAUAAACAUGAGUGCAACUGAAUUUGGUUCUUAUGGAGAUGUAGUUCUCGAUGCUUCAUAUCGAAAUAUUGCUGCUGCUGAUGAGAUUUGGCAAUAUGCCGUUGAAAUGUCAGUGCUUUUGCUGACUUGCAUUGAAUGCAGGAACCCUCGUAGCUACUGGUAUGAGCGCAUAUUGGGCGACAUGCUAGGACAUUUGGAACGUCAACCUAAUUGUAAAGAGCGACGUAUUCCAUGGCUUCAGCAAAUUGAGCCAAUUUUCAAUGCCAUGGGGCUUGUCUUAUUAGCCCAUUUAAAGCGUGUCAUGACCCUUUUCUUCGACUGGAUGCAUGCUGACGAUGAUAGAUCUGUUCUUCUGGUUCUCGAACGUAUCUACACAAUUAUGAAGUUAAUAUGGGUCCGGAAUACUCCAUACUUGGAAAGAUUAGUAGAUGAGCUUACUGUAACUUAUAGAGAGGCAUCCUUGAGAAAAGAACGUUUUGCGAUUCGUGAACACGUUCUUAAAAUAAUGUUCUUGCUCCAAAGAUGCAAGGGCUUAGAAUUUGAAUCUGCUUGGAGCAAGCACAAGGAUGAUCCAAAUUUGGUUUCACUUACGUCAUCCUUAAGCACAGUGAACUAGGGUGAUACUCUAAUCCAAGAAUGAUUUGAGUUUACCGUGAGUCAACUCUAACAUCCUGAUUAUUGAAUGUGAUUGGGUUAUCUAUAUAUUUAAGUGCCAGUGAGAAUAGUAUUUGCUUCAGUUUACCAUUUGAUUUGUGCUGGUUUUUUAGCGUCAAAUCAUCACUUGAGAGCUGGAUCUAAUGCAUCAAUUUGCACACUCCUAUUACCAUGUAUGUAUCAUCACUUACAGUGUGUAUCAGGUGGUUUGGAUGGGCACCUAGGUGGAAGUUUUGUAGUUCCAAUUGAAUUGUAGCUUUUCUAGGAAAAUAGAAACAAAGGAAAAGGGGAUGUAAUUUGAAUGUGGUAGAAAUUUCUAAAAGUCGUGCAUUUUAAUAUGAUGACAUUUAAUUGACUCCUGAGUUCAUUUAUAUUUCCUUUACUAUUUUACUUUUAAGGUCCUAAUUCUAUCUAAUAAAUGUUUCGAUUUUUCAAUUGGUAUUUCUUUCAGGUGCAUACUCUUUGUACAUUUAAAAGAGCUGGCUUUGAUUGUACUUCUAGCUCGUCCAUGAUGGAUCAAAGUGGGGAACCUAGAUAUAGACCCAGAACGUGGGUAUAGCUCACUUUUUUGUUGGGUGAUGUAAGUUUGAAUUAUGUGCAAGUGAUUUCUUUCCCCAAUUUGUUUUGUGUUAUUCUAGAACUUUCGGCAGAUCAUUGUUACUCUGAUUUUUGUCAUGUACAUAGAGCAUAAUGAAGAACCAGGAUUCAUGUAGCCGACCCCAAUUAAUUGGGAAAAGGCUAAAAUGAUGACGAUGAUGAUGACAUAUUUCUGAAACAUCUUAUUUAUUUAUUGGUACUUACUAUUAUUUGGAGUAUCUAGGAAAUUCAUUAUGGAGUGCAUGGUUGUGGGACUUUGACAUGUAAUUUCAGAAGAUGGGGAGAGCUAACUACUCGUAAAUUUUCUAGAAUGCCAUCCUUUUAUUUUUGGUUAGUGUUUUGUUUAAAGAUAAAUUAAUAUUCUAUCCAUUGCAACUUGUAUAUAUCUACAACCUUUUUCAGGUGGUUACCUCAAUCAUCAUCAUCAUCCGAGCCUUUUCCCAACUAUUUGGGGUGGCUACACAAUUCAUGUUUUGCCAUUCCGCUCUAUCAAGUGCCAUACCUUCAGUCGGACCAGAAGUCGCCAUACCUUCAGUCAGACUAGAAGUCACCAUAUCUCUUCUCACUACCUCCAUUAUGAAAAACUAAGGGUAGUUAUUUUGUUCCCUAAAUCUUGUUAUGGUAUCUUAAUAUAUUUUUAGAUUUUUUAUCCUUUUAUAGUGAGAGAUUCCAUGUAAAAAUCUAUGGUCUUUGGUAUGAAAUUUUUAUAGGUGGGUUUCUUGGAUUUGUUUCCUGCUCUAGUGAGUGAAAAGCAGGUAACAGUGGUUGUGGGGGUAUUUGUGUACCGUGGCUAAUUUCUUACAGUUUUUCUUUUUUAGCUAGAGAACAGCAAAGUAAGUAGGUUUUAUGUGUAGUGAUUUAGGAGGAUUGAAUUUGGAACAAUGUGAAAUGCUAUGUAAGUAGGCAUGAAUAAGACCAAAUAUUUUCUCCUUAUAUUUAUUCAA